GUGUUAUUAUGGGAUGUCAGGGGCCGCCCAUCUCCCCGGCAACGCGCUGGUUGUUAUGGUAACGGGGCGGGGGCAAGGGAAGGGGCGGGGUUUGUAGCAUCACUGCCGGUGUGUCGGUGAGAAAGGAGCGGGAGAGGCAGUGUAUGUGGAGCGGCACCCUAUCCAGUGCCACACAGUGAGCCCUCACCUCAAACAUCGGCUGCAUUUCUCUGCUGCUUCUUCUUGCCACCUACUGCCGCUCCUCCCUGGGCAUGGCCUCCAGCCUGGGACCUUCUUCUCCCGGCAGCGAUGGUGAAAUUGAAGUGAUGCUCAACAGCAGCAUUCAUCAAGAUGAUGAUGACCUUGAUGAAGACCUUUCUGAGGUGGAGACUCCCAAGAUAAAGAAGAAAAAGAAACCCAAAAAAGCUAAGGAAUCUAAAACCACCAAAGUGAAAAGACAGAAAAAAGAAGAUAUGGACGAUAGCUCAGGGGAAGGUAAUGAUUAUGGAGAUGAUAAUGGGGGACCUAUUCACUCUGAUAGUGAAGGCAGUAAUUAUACCCCUGGCAAGAAGAAGAAAAAGAAGAUGGCUCAAAAGAGGGAGAAAAAGUCAAAGGUCAAGCGGGAUGAAGAUGAUGAGGACGAUGAUGAUUCCAAGGAGCCAAAGUCUUCUGCACAGCUUCUAGAUGACUGGGGCAUGGAGGAUAUUGGUCAUGUGUUCACUGAAGAUGAUUAUCGUACUCUUACCAACUACAAAGCCUUUAGUCAGUUUGUUAGGCCACUCAUUGCAGCCAAGAACCCAAAGAUUGCAGUCUCCAAGAUGAUGAUGGUGCUAGGAGCCAAGUGGAGAGAGUUCAGCACCAACAAUCCUUUAAAGGGCAGUUCCGGGGCAUCCGUUGCAGCCGCUGCAGCAGCUGCAGUUGCAGUGGUGGAGAGUAUGGUUGCCAGCACAGAGGUCGUUGUGCCUCCUCCACCUCCUCCAGUGACUGAAGUUCCACUGCGCAAAGCCAAGACCAAGGAAGGAAAAGGGCCCAAUGCCAGGAAGAAACCAAAGGUUGUUCGUCCUCCUGAGACCAAGAAAGCCCCUAAGGCCAAAAAAGUGGCACCUCUUAAAAUCAAGCUGGCAGGCUUUGGUUCAAAGCGCAAACGCUCCUCCAGCGAAGAAGAGGAUAUGGGUGCAGAUUCAGACUAUGAUGAGGGCAGUAUGAACAGCCUUUCUGUAUCUGAUGGAUCCACCAGUAAAAGCAGCCGGAAGAAGCUUAAGGCCACCAAGAAGAAGAAGAAAGAAGAUGAGGGUGCUGGAGGAGGAGCCGAUGGCUAUGAGACGGAUCACCAGGACUAUUGUGAAGUUUGCCAACAGGGCGGAGAGAUUAUUUUGUGCGACACCUGCCCCCGUGCUUAUCACAUGGUUUGUCUCGACCCUGACAUGGAUAAAGCCCCAGAGGGCAAGUGGAGCUGCCCACAUUGUGAAAAGGAGGGUGUCCAGUGGGAAGCAAAGGAGGAUAAUUCUGAAAUAGAUGAUGAUCUGGAUGACACUGUGGGUGACCCAGAAGAAGAAGACCUUCACAUGGAGUUCUGUCGUGUAUGCAAGGAUGGAGGGGAACUACUCUGCUGUGAUGUCUGUCCUUCCUCUUAUCACAUCCAUUGUCUCAAUCCUCCUUUACCAGAAAUUCCCAAUGGAGAGUGGCUGUGCCCUCGAUGCACUUGUCCUUCGCUGAAGGGUAAAAUACAGAAGAUCUUGACCUGGAAAUGGGGACAGCCUCCUCCAGCAACUCCAGUACUUCAUCCUGCUGAUCCUGAUGCACCACCCCCCAAACCGCUGGAAGGCCGUCCAGAAAGGGAAUUCUUUGUCAAGUGGCAUGCAAUGUCUUACCUGCAUUGUUCUUGGGUGACUGAACUGCAGCUGGAGCUGCACUGUCAAGUCAUGUUCCGUAACUAUCAAAGGAAAAACGACAUGGAUGACCCUCCCGCAGGAGACUAUUUGGGAGACGAAGAAGAGAAGAGCCGCAAGAGGAAAAACAAAGAUCCUAAAUAUCUUGAAAUGGAAGAGAAAUUCUACCGGUAUGGAAUUAAGCCAGAGUGGACGAUGGUUCACCGUGUAUUGAAUCACAGUGUCGACAAGAAGGGUUACAUCCAUUACCUGGUUAGGUGGAGGGAUCUGCCAUAUGAUCAGGCAUCAUGGGAAUCUGAAGAAUCUGACAUUCAGGACUAUGACAUCUACAAGCAGGCCUACUGGAAUCACAGGGAACUGAUGUGUGGAGAUGAGGGACGACUUGGAAAGAAGGCGAAGAAAGUUAAGCUUCGAAAGCUAGAACGCCCUCCUGACACUCCUGCUGUUGAUCCUACAGUUAAAUAUGACCGUCAGCCUGAAUAUCUAGAUUCUACUGGUGGAACGCUUCACCCAUACCAGCUGGAGGGUUUGAACUGGCUGCGCUUUUCAUGGGCUCAAGGCACAGACACCAUUCUGGCAGAUGAAAUGGGUUUGGGCAAAACCGUUCAGACUGCUGUUUUUCUCUACUCCUUGUAUAAAGAGGGUCACUCUAAAGGGCCUUUCCUGGUAAGUGCUCCACUUUCCACCAUUAUUAACUGGGAGCGAGAGUUCGAGAUGUGGGCGCCCGAUAUGUAUGUGGUUACGUACGUUGGAGACAAGGAUAGCCGCGCGGUCAUCCGAGAAAACGAAUUCUCCUUUGAAGACAAUGCCAUACGUGGGGGUAAAAAGGCAUCUCGCAUGAAGAAAGAGGCCUCUGUGAAGUUUCAUGUUUUGCUCACAUCCUAUGAGCUGAUCACUAUUGAUAUGGCUGUGCUGGGUUCAAUUGAUUGGGCUUGUCUGGUGGUGGAUGAAGCGCAUCGACUAAAGAACAAUCAGUCCAAGUUUUUCAGGCUGCUGAAUGGAUAUUCUCUCCAACAUAAACUUCUCCUUACGGGAACGCCCCUGCAGAACAACCUGGAGGAGCUCUUCCAUCUUCUUAACUUCCUCACUCCAGAGCGUUUCAAUAACUUGGAGGGUUUCCUUGAGGAGUUUGCCGACAUUGCAAAGGAAGACCAGAUAAAGAAACUUCAUGACAUGCUUGGUCCUCACAUGUUGCGCCGAUUGAAAGCCGAUGUGUUUAAGAAUAUGCCAUCGAAGACAGAGCUCAUUGUCCGUGUUGAGCUCAGCCCUAUGCAAAAGAAAUAUUACAAGUUUAUCCUCACAAGAAACUUUGAUGCGCUAAAUACACGAGGAGGUGGCAAUCAGGUGUCAUUGCUGAAUGUUGUGAUGGAUCUUAAGAAAUGCUGCAACCAUCCAUACCUCUUCCCUGUGGCUGCCAUGGAAGCACCAAAGAUGCCCAAUGGCAUGUACGAUGGCAGUGCCCUAAUUAAGGGGGCUGGGAAACUGUUCCUGCUGCAAAAGAUGCUUCGCAAGUUGAAGGAAGAUGGACACAGAGUUCUGAUCUUCUCACAGAUGACCAAAAUGUUGGACCUGCUAGAAGACUUCAUGGAGCAUGAAGGAUAUAAAUAUGAGCGAAUAGAUGGAGGAAUCACAGGGAACAUGCGCCAGGAAGCAAUUGAUCGUUUUAAUGCUCCUGGAGCGCAGCAGUUCUGUUUCCUCCUGUCUACUCGUGCUGGAGGUUUAGGAAUUAAUCUGGCAACAGCAGAUACUGUAAUCAUAUACGACUCUGACUGGAAUCCUCACAAUGAUAUUCAGGCUUUCAGCAGAGCUCAUCGUAUUGGUCAGAACAAAAAGGUGAUGAUCUAUCGCUUUGUGACACGCGCAUCUGUAGAGGAGAGAAUCACUCAGGUUGCGAAAAAGAAGAUGAUGCUCACUCAUCUGGUGGUACGACCUGGCCUGGGAUCAAAAACUGGCUCCAUGUCCAAACAGGAGCUUGAUGAUAUCCUCAAGUUUGGAACCGAGGAACUUUUUAAAGACGAAGCUACAGAAGGUGAAAACAAAGAAGGAGAGGAGAUCAGUGUCAUCCAUUACGAUGACAAGGCCAUUUCUCGUCUAUUGGACCGGAACCAGGAUGAGAUUGAAGAUGCAGAAUUGCAGGGAAUGAACGAAUAUCUGAGCUCCUUCAAGGUGGCACAGUAUGUGGUCCGUGAAGAGGAGAUGGGGGAUGAGGAGGAAGUGGUCCGUGAGAUUAUUAAACAAGAAGAAAGUGUAGAUCCUGAUUACUGGGAGAAACUUCUCCGGCAUCACUAUGAACAGCAGCAAGAAGACCUGGCCCGAAAUCUGGGCAAAGGAAAGAGAAUACGCAAGCAAGUUAACUACAAUGAUACCAGUCAAGAGGACAGAGAUUGGCAAGAUGAUCAGUCAGAUAAUCAGUCCGAUUACUCAGUGGCUUCAGAAGAAGGAGAUGAAGAUUUUGACGAGCGAUCGGAAGCUGCUCGUCGACCAAACAGGAAAGGUUUGAGGAAUGACAAAGACAAGCCACUUCCUCCUCUGCUGGCUCGUGUUGGUGGCAAUAUAGAGGUGCUUGGAUUCAAUGCCCGGCAAAGAAAGGCUUUCCUGAAUGCCAUCAUGCGCUAUGGGAUGCCCCCUAAGGAUGCCUUUACCACUCAGUGGCUUGUCCGAGAUCUGCGUGGAAAAUCUGAGAAGGAAUUCAAGGCUUAUGUAUCCCUCUUCAUGCGGCACCUCUGUGAACCUGGGGCAGAUGGAGCAGAAACUUUUGCUGACGGGGUCCCAAGAGAAGGUCUUUCUCGGCAGCAUGUGCUGACACGGAUUGGCGUAAUGUCUCUGAUUCGCAAAAAGGUGCAGGAAUUUGAACAUGUGAAUGGGCGCUGGAGCAUGCCAGAGCUUGCAGAAGCAGAGGAAAACAAGAAGGCUUCUCAGAUUGACUCCCCCUCUCCCAAAACACCCACUUCUUCAACUCCAGGAGAUACACAACCCAACACCCCAGCUCCACCGGCUAGCAAUGAGGACGGUACAAAAAGUGAGGAGGUCCCUGUAAAAGAGGAAACUACAGACAAUGAAGUGAAGUCUGAGGAGAAUAACGAGACAACGCAACCUACUCCAGACGCACAGUCUCCAGCAGCUCAGACGGAAGAGAAAAAAGAAGAACCGGUAAAACAAGAGAAAACCUCACCGCCGCCACCACCAGCUACUGAGCCCAUGGAAACUGACCAGAAACCGGAGCCUGAGAAAGUAGAUGAGGUGAUCACUUUGGAUGACAUAAAAGAUGACGUACAGGAAGUUACACUCCAGAAUGGCGAGACACCUAAAGAGACGGCUGAGGAGAAAAUCAAGAAAGCAUCUGCUGCUGCUGCAAAACAGAGGUUCAUGUUCAACAUUGCAGAUGGUGGCUUUACAGAACUUCACUCCUUGUGGCAGAAUGAAGAGAGAGCAGCCACAGUUACCAAGAAGACCUAUGAGAUCUGGCACCGAAGACAUGACUAUUGGCUAUUAUCUGGAAUCAUAACUCACGGUUAUGCACGUUGGCAGGACAGCCAGAGUGACGUGCGCUAUGCUCUCCUCAAUGAACCCUUCAAGGGAGAAGUGAACAGGGGCAACUUCUUGGAGAUAAAGAACAAAUUUUUGGCUCGUAGAUUUAAGCUCUUGGAACAGGCUCUUGUUAUAGAGGAGCAGCUCAGGCGAGCGGCUUACUUGAAUAUGUCUGAGGACCCCUCCCAUCCAUCUAUGGCUCUAAACACACGAUUUGCUGAAGUUGAGUGUUUGGCAGAGAGUCACCAGCACCUCUCCAAGGAGUCGAUGGCAGGGAACAAACCAGCAAAUGCAGUGCUACACAAAGUCCUGAAGCAGUUGGAGGAACUUCUAAGUGACAUGAAGGCAGAUGUCACCCGUCUCCCAGCCACCAUCGCUCGAAUCCCUCCCGUGGCUGUGCGAUUGCAGAUGUCUGAGAGGAACAUCCUGAGCCGGCUGGCAAGCAGAGGAGGCGAACCCCAACCACAGCAGCAGAUAACUCAGCAAUAACAGAACCCCUGUUUUAUGCUUUUCAUUUGGAUAUUUAUUAUGUUAAGGAGGCUGGAGCUUCUACCCCACAUCAAACAUUCCCAACUAGAAGCAGAGACCUGGGUUUAGGCACUGGACACACCACCAAAUGAUUUCCCGGGAAAGACUCGGCAGAGCUGAAAGGAAGCCCAGGAUGAUAAGCAAAGGAUCUAUGUCACAGGAGAAUCCUGGAACUGCGAGGCAUCACUGUGACUGCACAAGCCUAAAGGCAGAUAAUACGGUGCUGCUGCUGCUGCUUCGCAGUGGGGUUCACCCCUCACUUAGUGGAUGGGGUUCAGGGUCCCAUCAAAAACCCCAAAGACCAGAAGCUCUCCCUGUGCGUAGGAGCAAGUUGCUUGUUGAAGGAAAUACUUUUUUUGUUUAUUUUUUAUCUUUAAUUUUAUUUGCUCCAGUCCCCCCCCCCCCACACACUGCCUGGGGAAGGGGGGCCCAAAGGGGUGACAGACACCCUACCUCCAUUCUUUUUAAUACAGAACGCUUUGUCCUAUAAUAAAAGACAAAAUACUAUUCUGAAAGACGCUGUGCUCUAUGAUGAUGGGGUGACAGCAAUGUGGGCAGCACUUAAAGGGGCUGUGUGACUUGCUCCAGGUUUGCCAUUGGGAGGGCUUGUACCACUUUAACUGGCUGAUUUAAACACACAGAUCCAUUGUUCUGGAGGGUGGAUAUGGGUUACCUCUGGCAUUAUUACAUUUUUCCAGAGACACUCGCUUAUUAAAGGUAAGUUAUCGGUUUUAGAACGGUUUCUUUUCCACUAGAAAUUUGUUACAUAUAUGCGCUUCCUACAACUCUUAAUAUUCCUGUUCAUUUCCAAGCAACAGUUUGUUGCAAUGUUUUUGAGAUAACCAGUUUGUUUGAGUAAAUAAAUGGAUUUACAGUG